GGGGGGGAGGAAGGGGGGCAGCUGUGGGCAGCGAGCCGGGCUCGGCCGCCAGCACUAAAGAUGGAGAGGCGCCGGGGCCUCGCAGGGGAGGGGGCUCCGCGUUGACGUGGGACGCGGCGGAGGCGCCGCAGCCGGUGGUGAUUUGCUAACCUCGCAGCAGAGAGGAGUUGAGGGCGAUGAGAGCGGGUACUGCGAACUGCCGGGCGAUGCCGCCGCUGCCGCCGUGAUACCGAGAGCAACAGUUCCCAGCAACACCCCUCCCCGACACAGGCACACCCCCCCAAGAGGCACGCACACCCACCCCCAGCGCCCGGCUCGGCAGCGCCCCCUUGGUUGGUCCAGGACACCCACCCAGCCCCGCCACGCAGAGCCAAGAAGGAAAGAGAGCCUCAUGCCUAAGCCGAGGGGAGCACCAUGGAUCUGACAAAGAUGGGCAUGAUCCAGCUGCAGAACCCCAGCCACCCCACAGGGCUCCUGUGCAAGGCCAACCAGAUGCGGCUGGCCGGCACACUGUGUGAUGUGGUCAUCAUGGUGGACAGCCAGGAGUUCCAUGCCCACCGGACCGUGCUGGCCUGCACCAGCAAGAUGUUCGAGAUCCUAUUCCACCGCAACAGUCAGCACUAUACCCUGGACUUCCUCUCGCCAAAGACCUUCCAGCAGAUUCUGGAGUAUGCAUACACGGCCACACUGCAAGCCAAGGCGGAGGACCUGGAUGACCUGCUGUAUGCAGCCGAGAUCUUAGAGAUUGAGUACCUGGAGGAGCAGUGCCUGAAGAUCCUGGAGACCAUCCAGGCCUCGGAUGACAAUGACACAGAGGCCACCAUGGCAGAUGGAGCGACCGAGGAGGAAGAGGACCGCAAAGCUCGGUACCUCAAGAACAUCUUCAUCUCAAAGCAUUCCAGCGAGGAGAGUGGGUAUGCCAGUGUGGCCGCACAGAGCCUCCCGGGACCCAUGGUGGACCAGAGCCCUUCUGUCUCCACCUCAUUCGGUCAUUCAGCCAUGAGUCCCACCAAGGCUGCGGUGGACAGCUUGAUGACCAUAGGACAGUCUCUUCUCCAGGGAACUCUUCAGCCUCCUGCAGGGCCCGAAGAGCCAACUCUGGCUGGAGGCGGGAGGCACGCUGGGGUGGCUGAGGGGAAGACGGAGAUGAUGCAGGUGGACGAGGUGCCUGGCCAGGACAGCCCUGGGGCCACCGAGUCCAGCACGGCGGGCGCCGUGGGGGACAAAGUUGAGGAAAGGGGCAGAGAGGGGCCCGGGACCCCGACUCGGAGCAGCGUCAUCACCAGCGCUCGGGAGCUGCAUUAUGGGCGUGAGGAGAGCACGGAGCCCCUGCUGCCUCCCACUGAGGCUGGCCAGGGCCCCCCGGGCCGCCCCGAACACCCCACGCCCCCAGCUGAGAAACACCUGGGCAUCUAUUCCGUGUUGCCCAACCACAAGGCUGACGCCGUGUUGAGCAUGCCAUCCUCAGUGACUUCGGGCCUCCACGUGCAGCCUGCCCUGGCCGUGUCCAUGGACUUUAGUACCUACGGGGGGCUGCUGCCCCAGGGCUUCAUCCAGAGGGAGCUGUUCAACAAGCUGGGGGAGCUGGCUGUGGGCAUGAAGUCUGAGAGCCGGACCAUCGGGGAGCAGUGCAGCGUGUGUGGGGUGGAGCUUCCUGACAAUGAGGCUGUGGAGCAGCACAGGAAGCUGCACAGUGGCAUGAAGACGUACGGGUGUGAGCUCUGCGGGAAGCGGUUCCUGGAUAGUUUGCGCCUGAGAAUGCACUUACUGGCUCAUUCAGCGGGUGCCAAAGCCUUUGUCUGUGACCAGUGUGGAGCCCAGUUUUCGAAGGAGGAUGCCCUGGAGACACACAGGCAGACCCAUACUGGCACGGACAUGGCCGUCUUCUGUCUGCUAUGUGGGAAGCGAUUCCAGGCACAGAGCGCGCUCCAGCAGCACAUGGAGGUCCACGCCGGCGUGCGCAGCUACAUCUGCAGUGAGUGCAACCGCACCUUCCCCAGCCACACCGCCCUCAAACGCCACCUGCGCUCACACACCGGCGACCACCCGUAUGAGUGUGAGUUCUGUGGCAGCUGCUUCCGGGAUGAGAGCACACUCAAGAGCCACAAACGCAUCCACACGGGCGAGAAACCCUACGAGUGCAAUGGUUGUGGCAAGAAGUUCAGCCUCAAGCACCAGCUGGAGACGCACUAUAGGGUGCACACAGGUGAGAAGCCCUUCGAGUGCAAGCUGUGCCACCAGCGCUCCCGGGACUACUCGGCCAUGAUCAAGCACCUGCGAACGCACAACGGCGCCUCGCCCUACCAGUGCACCAUCUGCACGGAGUACUGCCCCAGCCUUUCCUCCAUGCAGAAGCACAUGAAGGGCCACAAGCCCGAGGAGAUCCCACCCGACUGGAGGAUAGAGAAGACUUACCUCUACCUGUGCUACGUGUGAGCGGGGCCGCGGCCAUGGCAGGGGGAGCGGGCAGCCAGGAGAGAGGCGUUACAGCGGGGCGAAGUCGACGAAGGACUGGGCGAGAAAAGAGAAAUAGAAAAAAAGAAAAAAAAAAAAAAGGAAAAAAAAAAAGAGACAAGAAAAAGGAAACCUGAUAGCUGUCUGGCCUCAGAGUCUCUCUGGGGCUCCAGGUGACCUGAUGCCCGGCCACUGCCCCCCCCCCGGGGUGGGGGGGGCCCUCUGUCCCUCCUCUCUGGCUGGAGGUUGGCCUCAUUUUCUUGGGUGGGGGCGGAGGUGGUUUGUUCAGCUCAGAUGGUGGUGUAUUUUUCUUUUCCCUCCUGCCAGACCCCCCCUUUUGCGUCCAAAAGUGGAGGCUAGGAAGGGGGUGAGGGGGCCUCUGGGCAGAACCACACAAUCUGCCUGCCCCCUUCUUGCUGACUCCUCAGAGGAAGGGGGCUGGGGCAGGGAGGGGGCCUGCAGGUGGUGGGGCUGGGCACGAGUCGGUGGUCACAUGGCAGCUCUGGUUUGCUGGGGCAGAUUGGGGUGGGAGGCGCUCUCCUUCCCUUCCUACCACUCGGUUUAUCUGUUGCUUCCCCUGCACCGCCCCCCCACCAUUCUGCCACAUCCCGCGUGGUGUCCCCCUUAAGGUCUACAGCAGCAGCUUCAUGGCUCUUGCCCUUCCCCCAGCUCCGUGCUCCCUGCCUCCCCGUGACUCCUGUCCCCCCAGUGCAGGCGGCCGGGGAGGGGGGGGGUCUUCCUUCUGGCCCAGCCUCCCUAGCAGGGAAGCUGCGUGUGUCUCCAGAGCCCCCACCCUGCCCUCAGCCUUCUGAGAACACAAAAUAAAUGGAGUACCCCACCCUAGUUAAGCCCUGUCAUGAGCGAGGUUCCUGCUGAGCUGCUUUUGCUUCCAAAAUGGGAAAACAUAACUCACUAUAUACUGUCCCACCAAACAAACCAACGCCAACCCCUACGACCCCUAUUUCAGUCCCUAGGAGAAGGAAUCCAUGUAAGGACUCAUUGUCCCAGGGAAGGACGCGGAUGUCCUUGCGGGGGGUGGGGGGUGUUGCUGAGUUGUUCUGGGGGCCCCAGCCCUGGUGCAGAGAGCUGGUGCAGGAUUCCUGGCUCUCAGAGCCCCCCCUACACCCCCCCUCCCCGUCCAUGGGGAGGAGGAAGGAGAGAAGGACAAGUUGAAAGCGCUUUGGCCCUUGUGUCAUGUUUUGCUUCUUUUCUGUGUCCCCUGUUCGCCUGUUAGCACGUUGUACUUGAAUUACCUCAGUUUUUUGUGACCUCAUGAGCUUUUUUAACCCCUGUAUCUCUUUUUUGGUUGGGGGUUGGAGGAAGAGGGAGGAAGGACGUUCUUUUCUGUUUCUUGUAUAAAUUAAGAGUUGGUUUAAUAGACUUCAGCUGGCCUCGACCCUCCCCGUCCCAGCUGGAAGGAGCUGCGCAGAAGGAGGCGAGUACUCAGGAUCUGAACGUGAGAGGCGGGGGUCAGCAGAAGGUGGGCGGAGGGGAGGGUGUGUCGGAGUCACUGGAGUCACUGUUGGCUCUGCCUGGGGCCCGAAGUCCUCUGUGUCCAGGAAGGGGUCAGCCUAAAACAUGCUGGAGAAGAUCCCACCUUUCUUAUAGUUAGCUGGGUGAUUAGGGUUGAGGGGCCUGUCCUAUUCAGAUCCUGGCAACUGUGUGGCCCCACCUCUGCGUGUGUGACCAUGGUUGCCAAAACUGGUCUCUCUUCAGGGCUGGAGUGGGGAUGAGCCAGGCUUUGUUUUGCGUGAGGGUGGGGGUGUUGUUUUUCUAAAAGCUACCUCUUAUGUUCUUCCAGUUCUUCUUUUGUUCCCUUCAUGCCUCCCAUUCUGCUGCUCUGCUCCCCCCCUUCUCCCCAAACUCCCCACCCUGAAUUUUGGAAAGCACAUUUGCAAUAUUUGUGUUCACUUUGGGAUGGGCCCUCUGUUUCAUCUCACGCUUUAUUUGUCAGAGUUGUGUGUGUGUGUGUGUGUGUGUGUGUGUGUUUUCUUUCCUUUCUCUCUCUGAGAAAGUUGUGGCUGCCGUUUUUAUCUUGGGUUUUUAAAAGUGGUUUCGGGAAGUGGUUUUGGGGAGAAGGGUUGUGAGGGCUCUGGGGAUGUCGGAGGGUUGGGUGCUGCUGUGACCCCCCCCGGCCCUCGGUCCCAGCCCUCCUGCCCGCCCCUGCAGUCUCGCCCACCAAAUCAGAAGGCCUUAAAAAUUGUGUGUUGGGGGGGAUAUGAAUUUGGGGGGACUGUCACUAGACUGUUGAUGGGGGAUUAGGUAGGGAGGAUGCUAUUUUGCAAUUGUAAUAAUGACUUAGUGCUUUGGAAAGGAAAAAAAAUUACACUUGAAAUAUGUGACUAGAGCAGUUGUCAUGUUGAUAAUGUGAAAAGGAGGACAUUUUCUGGGGGGGGAGGCGUCUGUAAGAAACCGUUAUGCACUAUGCUUCCUCCCCCAGUUUGGGAAGAAAGGGGACUGCUGGCCCUCAGGGGGAUCUGUAAAUCCCAGAAAACCAAUAUUUUAACAGCAAGAUAUCAUUCAACUUUGGUGGGGAAGGAAAAAAAAAAAAAUCAAACUAUUCCACAGACCUAGCUGACAUCUCUCACUCCCCGCCCCCACUGUUCCCACGCAGCCUGGGUCUCCUGCCCUAUCCAUAAAAGCUGAGAGGGUUGAGCUAAUAUUUACAAAUUGUAAUAUUUUUGUAAUGUUUGUUAGUUCCUUCGUCAGUUCUAUAGGACCUUGCCCUUUCCUUUUGUAAUGUGAAUAGGAAAAAAAAAAAAGACAAAAAAAAAUCCACCACCACCACCACCACCACCAAAAUAUCCCUUUGUCCGUGUGCGUGCGCGUGUGUGUGUUUUUUGUGUGCGGUUGUGCGUUGCAUCAUGCAGUACUGUUGUAAUCUGGUGUUGCCGCAUUGGACGGUACUAAAUGAGCACCUGUCUGCCUCCCACCGUCCCCGAGGGACCCUAGCCGGGAAGGAAGGACAGAGAGGGUCAGGGCAGGUGGCGUCUGGAGGGUACCGGGUGGGAGAUGCCCUGCGCUGGUUUUGCUCUUGCCCUUCCUCCCCCAUGGAGCCUCGACGCCCUGCAGAGAGUCCAGCAUGCCUCCUCAUUCGGACCUUGCCAAGGCCCUCUUAGCCAGGCCUACUGGCCAAGGUGAGGAUCAAAAAGUAUAUGGAAUCUUUAGAUGGGUCUGGAUAAGGAGGGCUGGGGAGACGAGGGAGGGUGGAGGAUGCUGUCUCCCCAGGUGAGAGCUGAGAGUUCUUUCCCCCCUUUUCCUUCUGCCAUCUGGUCCCUUGGCCAGCCGCUGUCUUGAGCUGUGAACGGCUGACGACCGUACUUGCCACUGCCUUAUCCAGCAUAGCGAAGCUUCUCCAGCCCGGAGAGACCGAGCUGGUUAAUGGUCCCUUUCUAGCGUUCAGCUCCUACAGGCGUGUCCCUUCAUGCUUUUGGUGACAUUUACCCGUCAUGUGCUCUUUCCUAUUCACUCCUUCAUUCAUUCAAAGCAUUAAAAUCCUAUUUGUAUAUAGGAUAGACAAAUAUAGAGAUAUAUAUAUAUAGCAAGAGAGAGAUAUAAAAUAGUAAAUAUCAUUGCUGCUUUGGGCUGCUUUGGAGGAGGCCAGGGAUCGCAGGAAGGUAGGUCUGGGGUACAGGGGUGGGGAGGGAGGCUGGGGGCCCCAGUGAUUCAGUACAAUCCAGGGAUGCAAUGCGGGCUGGUUUAAUCUUUGUGCCUGAACAGUUUCUCCGUGUGUAGAAAAUGAAACAAAACUGCUGCAAUUUUUCACAAGUGUACGGUACCCUUCUGGAUGCUGUUGGUACCACCGGCUGCAGGGGUGUUAGGGCCCUGGAGAGAGAGGGCCACUUGGCUUGCCUCCUUGGCAGGGGAGUGAGCACUGGUGGGGUGGCCUCCGGACUUUGUCCGCGAGAGCUGAGGGGUGGGGGGCGGGAGGAGAUGUGUGGAUGGUUUCCUGCACAAAGCCCAACAAGAGUGAAGGAUGGGGGCACCAGCUGUUAGAAAAGCAGAAGAAGAUCUGACUCUGUUCAUUUUUCUGAGGCCUGUGUUCUAUCUUUUUCUACCCUGUCUGGUUUCCUCCUCCCCUGGAGCUUCGUGGCGGCACUUACCUGGAUAUUUCAGCAGGAGGGGAAAAAGCCAGAUUGACCCAGCUCAGGGACGCUGAUGCGUGGAGGAAAAGGCAGAGCCGGGCCGGGAGAGGGGUGCAAGACAGACCAAGGAGGUUGGGUCAGGGGAGAAGGGUGGGGAGCAAGGGGCGCGGGGCCCCCCAGGCCUGUGAGCUGGCUGCCCUGCUUCCCCUGGGUCCUCGGCGUCCCACUUUGCAGACAGGGUACCAGCCUCCUGGUGUGUGUCCUAGAAUUCGUUCACAUUAGUGUGUUAUGCAUGAUCUUUGUAAGGUUAAGAAGCCGUGGUGGUGCACCAUGACAUCCGACCCAUAUAUAUAAAGAUAAAUAUAUAUAUAUAUGUAUGUAAAUUAUAGCACUGAGGGCCCUGCUGCCCUGCUGGACCAAGCAAAACUAAGCCUUUUGGUUUGGGUAUUAUGUUUUGUUCUGUUAUUUGUUUGUUUUUGUGGCUUGUCUUAUGUGGUGACAGCACAAGUGUUAGUCUGGUCGCUCUGUAUUACGGAAUAGUGUUUUUAAUUAAUUGAUGUUCUAGUUCAUGUCUACCUCAGCACCUCCUCUUAGCCUAAUUUUAGGAGGCUGCCCAAUUUUGUUUCUUCAAUUUUACCGGUUACUUUUUUGUACAAAUCUCUCUCUCCCCGCCCCCACGCCCCCCACGCCCCGCCCCUGCGCCUCCCCACCCCUCCCCCGGCCCCCGCCCCGCCCCCCCCAAGUCUCGCUUGCCAACCCUACCUGUUCUUGUCCCCUGAUGCCGUUCCCCCUGACGUCGUGCGGUCCUGGUCGCAGCUUUUCCGCAUCUGCCUUCGUUCCGUGUAGAUUGAUGCGUUUCUUUGUAAUUUCAGUGUUUCUGACAAGAUUUAAAAAGGAAAAAAGAAAAAAAAAGAAAAAAUGAAUUUACUGCUGCAGGUUUUUUUCUCUCUCCAUGUGUCACUAAGUGAAGUUUGUGCCUUCUAUAGCAAAGAGAAUAUUUUUUACAUCCUACUAACAGUAGAUUUUUUUGUAGUGAACAUUUUUUGUAUUUUUAUUUAUAAGUCUCAUAAGAAAAAUAGCAAUGUUCAGUUGUAUACCUUGAAUCUGCAGUUAGAAGAGAAUAAAGUUAAUUCAGUU